GCAAGUGAAAUUUCACAAGAAACCCACUCCGGUCUAACCAGCCUUGGCCUUCCGACCACUGGCCAGACAGAGGGAGCGAGUUUAAUAGAUGCGACCCAUGACGACGAGGAUACACGGCCUAGACGACGCAAAGCGAAGCGACAGCGACUCUCGUCCAGUGCCCGUGCGAAGCCGAGCCUCGCUUCGGUUUCCCGAGGGAUACCCGAUUCGACGCAAAAAUUGCGGUCUAUGUUGAGCACACCGGGUCUAGGCUCAUCAUUCGAGUUCGGCUCAACUGGUAGCCCGACGUCCGGCUUAUCGGCCAAAGAGGUGACACCGCAUUCUAUUCAUGUGCAGUCCUCCUCCACCUCAAUAUCGGCCAGUGCGCAAGCGGCCACAGGAAAGUCGGCCAACCAAUCGGUCUGGGAUCCACGGGCCAUGUGGAGUAGGACGAGUCAUGGCCUGACUGACCCCAGAAUGCUCGUAUACCAUGCGUCGCCAACACACGAUUCAGCCAUACCGCCAAGUCCCAGUGGCCGUCGCCAGAGACCGCCAGCCGCUAUGGUCACUGCCGACAGACAUCUACACUCCUGUUGUCCCUCAGCCUGGCCGCAUCUGCGCCACCAGACCCCGGGCCAGGCCUAUUUGUCUCCAGGGCAGGAGUUCUAUGAUGCCUAUUGCGUAAUUCCAAGUCGAGCUCGACAAUUGGCUUACGAAACCCUACGUUAUCGACAGCCCUACUUGAUGGCUCUUCACCAGACAAGACCACAUGCUCAUGCAACAACACACCACGCCCAUCUACACCCGCACUACCGGCACCUGCAUCCACAUCACCAGCGAUCUGGAGCCAGAAGCACCGGAGGCUGGCCGGCGAUCAAGGCACAGCCUCGGUCGUCGGCAGCUGCGGCCGCAUCUGACGGGUGUACAUGUGAUUUUUGGUAUCAGCUCGAGUUGUCAGGCUGCCAGUUGAUCGCCAGUGAACCGGCGUCCAGGUCACACUCACAGCCGAUGACCUCACCCGAGAACUCAGAGCCAGACGAUGCCUACAACAGAGUGGAUGCACCGCUUGACGUCUACUCCUCGGGUGGCGACAUUGUAGACAGGGGAGAGGACCAGCAACCUCAUCAAACUCUGCCUCGACAAUCGGCAGGCAGUACUAGUGGCCUUGCUGGCUAUCGCCGAUCCGAGGAGGCCAAACGGCUAGCCAAUGCGGCCGCAAGGCUGCGCCGACAAAGACCAAGUGCACCAACACCAAAGGCCCGACAGGCUAGCGAACAUGUGGCGGCGGAGACAUCGAGAGCCAAGACAGGGAAGCGCUGA